UCUCUCUCUAUCUCUCUGUUAGCUUUCUCUCUCUAAAUUCCUUUCUUUGUUUUGCUUUCAAACUAAAAAUUGAAGCACAAUUUGAAAGCAAAGCAAAGCAAAGAGAGAAGCUCAGAAAUUUUUUGCAAAUUUAAUCUGUAAAUUUAGGAAUUGAAUUGAAGUUUGAUUUAGCAAUUGAAUUAAAUUGAAGUGUGGAUUAAGUAAUUGUUGGUGAAGAUGAUGGUAGCCAACACUUUCGAUCUAUGGCAGAAGGAUACUUUCUUUUCUGCUGCUGAAGAAGUUCAAGAAUCUGCUGACCUAAUGCAAUCGGCGUAUAGGAUGUGGAUAAGGGAGAAGAAGGAGGGAUCAAAACUAGAGGAUCUAGAUGAACUUUCUAGGGAGCUUCAAACUACGUUGGGUACGGCAAAAUGGCAGAUGGAGGAGUUUGAGAGGGCUGUCAGGUUGAGCCAUGGGCAUUAUCGUGAUGAUAUUACAGCAUCUAGGCAUAAACAGUUUGUCGCAGCUAUUGAAAGUCAGAUAUCACAUGUUGAAGCAGAGUUAAGGAAAGCUUUUAUUCAGGAAGGAAAGCAACCUCUUCAAUGGGUCGAUCUCAAUAAAGAAGAAUGUGAUGAUUUGGCAUUAUUUCUCUCCGGAACUCCCCAAACUAUAAAAUGUGUGAAAGAUGAUCCCAGUGUAGUAAGACCUUCCGCUAAGAGUCCUACUACGGAAAAUUGUCAUACAAGAAAAGAUGCAGACCAAUUUCGUAAUGCCUCCUCUAGUGAAAGUAUUUACAGUCAAAAAGGUGUUAGUGACGGUACGAGUAAAAAAAAUGAUGAAGUUGUUAUAGAUGUUGAAGAGAGAGAAACUUCAAGAACACGGGAAAGUAUAAUUUGUCAAGCUGAUAAAACAUCUGGUACAAGAAGGACAUGGAGUUCACCAAAUGUUGGUGCUUUGAAGGUUGUGAUUGCCGAUGAAGAUGAACAUAGGGAUAAAUCACCAAGAGUUGAUGCCACGCCAAAGGAAAAAGGGUCCAAGCCUCUCUUUUGGAAGCAAAGAUGUGGAGAAUUAUCUCGAGUGAAUCAGUUCUUUGGUCAGGCUGGUGGGUUCCAAAGGCAAUUGCAAGCACCACUGCCCUUGCGGUUCAGUUGUUCUAUCCAACUUACACUUGCUUUAAUGCUAAGUAUCUUUUUGAUUGUGCCUUUUCUAGUUUAUUCAGCUUGAGUGGAAGUGAUAUAUUGCUACUAGUUAUCAGCUUGAAAGGGCGAUGAAGAAGUGUCUGAAGAGUGGACACAUGAAGGAAGAUGGUAAGAAAUUGGCAACACCUCUUCUUCUACAAGUAUGGGAUUAGGGUAGUGAAAGUAGCGAAUAGGGUAUUGUAUUUGUUUAGAUUCCCUAUCAUAGCCACACAAAAAUGUAUAUGCAUACCAAAUUUGAUUUCAACUCAAUCUUCAAUUUCAUGAUCCAAAGUUAAUAUCCAAAAAUGUCUUUGAAACUAUAAGAAUGGACCCUUUAUUUCCUCGUGGUAAA